ACAACCGUACGACACUUCCAUCCUACAGGAGGGUUCGUUCCUAUCCUGCCACUUGGGGCCGUGACCCAAGGUCCAGCCCAAGCCCAAGACCCCAAACCUGCGUACUGUUCCCUAACCCCAUCAAUACUUGCCCACCUAUUCGCUCCAUAACUUUUCAUGCCUCCUCCUCUUCCCUUCAAAUCACGACGGCUGAUCUUCUUCACGAUCUCUUCCCUGUUGAUCUGCUCUAGUACAGAGAAGUUUGAUCUGUCUGAUUCACAUGUAAUCUGCACCAAGAUUUUUGAUUAGAGGGGUAAACACCGAGGGCCAGCAAAAACGUUACAAGGUAGGUGAUGGAGUCAAAUUUAACUUUGGAUGAAGUGACAGAGUAGAGCAUGGUAUUUCACGAGGAUGAUGAUGUUUUCAUCGCUGAGGAGAUUAGGGAUUCUUUGGAUUUCCAGCAAGAACCGAUCAUGAUGUUGGAACCUAAGAAGGGGCUCAUGUUUGAUAGUGAGGAUGAUGCUGUCAGGUUCUACAAUGGUUAUGCAAAGAGAAAGGGUUUUGGUGUAGUAAGAAGAACCACUAGGCUGAGUGAAGAUAACAAGCUUAAUUAUUUUACUCUUGCUUGUAGUAGACAUGGAAAGGCUCAAUACUCAUCAAAUAACUCAUUCAAACCAAAUCCAUCCACAAGGAUGCAGUGUCCAGCUAAGAGUAAUUUCUCUCGUCGUGGAGAAAAGUUUUGCAUUACUUCUGUUACCAUUGAUCACAAUCAUCUUAUAAGUCCAAGCAAAGCCAGAUUUCUGAGAUGUCAUAAGAAACUGGACUUGCAUGCCAAAAGAACGCUAGAAUUGAAUGAUCAAGCAGGAAUUCGUGUGAGCAAGAAUUUUGGUUCACUUGUUAUGGAAGCCGGUGGCUAUGAUAAACUUGAGUAUGGUGAAAAGGAGUGCAGGAACUAUUUGCAAGAGACAAGAAGGCUAAAGCUUGGUGCUGGAGAUGCAAAUGUUGUUUAUCAGUACUUUCUUGAUAUGCAGUCAAAAGAUCCAGAUUUUUUUCAUGUUAUGGAUGUGGAUGAGGAUGGACGAGUGAGAAAUGUCUUCUGGGCAGAUGCAAGAAGUAGAGCUACAUAUGAAUCUUUUUGUGAUGUCAUCACAUUUGACACCACAUACUUGACAAACAAAUAUAAGAUGUCGUUUGCUCCUUCUGUUGGCGUAAAUCAUCAUGGUGAAUCAGUUCUGUUAGGUUGUGGUCUUUUGUCGAAUGAAGAUACCGACACUUUUGUCUGGUUAUUCAAAUCUUGGUUAUGUUGUAUGUCAAACAACCCACCAAAUGCUAUAAUUACUGACAAGUGCAAAGCAAUGCAAAAUGCAAUUAAAGAAGUUUUCCCACGGGCUCGUCAUAGAUGGUGUAUAUGGCAUAUCAUGAAGAAGAUUCCUGAAAAGCUUAGUGGGUAUGAGAAGUAUGAGAACAUCAAAUAUACGCUGUCAAAAGUGGUGUAUGAUUCCUUGACCAAACAUGAUUUUGUCGGUCACCUCUGCCAUUCGAUGCAGCAAGCCUGCUCCUUGCCUCCUUUCCUGCAACCAGCCAACCAGCACCCCCUUCCUAUCUCGUUGUGCAUCCCCUCCACCAGUUGGGAGCAUGCCAAAAGUAACGCCCCGCCCAGCCCAGCAUCCAGUCGACAGCACGCCAUGACUUGCGCCUCCGACGAGCUCAACUGCAGAGCAACCUUGCCUCUGUCGCUAGCUCCAUCUAUGAGGCUGCUAUCGCUUGUAUCUCAAUCUUGUUUCUCUCACUGA